AUGAAGGUACAAAUUGUGGUUGCAUUAUCGCUCAUCGCCGCCGUCAAGUGUUGGCCUGACGUAUCUCACUUGCCUACUGGCAGCUAUUUGCCACCUGGUAGUUCCUUUGGCGGCUAUCCGCCACCUUCUGGUAGCUACCUACCGGUCGAUUCUGCAGGUAAAGAUGAGAUGCACGUUUUCUUCUAUGGCUCGGCUGGGGAAGACCUACAGGCGAAAUUGAAGGUUAACGUUGUACCUGCAUCUCACAAAAACACCAAGAUCAUCUUCGUGAAAGCGCCGGGAUACAAAGUCGUUCCUGAAGUAGUCGCACCACCGUCACAAGCCGAAGACAAAACUUUGGUCUAUGUACUAGUGAAGAAACCACAAGAUGGAUCCAUUACCAUACCAACGGGACUCGGUGUGAAACAGGCCAAACCAGAAGUCUUCUUUAUCAAGUAUAACAACAAGCAAGAUGCCGCCCCUCAAGUCAGCGCGGGCGCACAAGGCCAGCAGGUCGGAAGCGGCGUCCCGGACGUUGGAAGCGAAGAUGCUUUUGUGGGCAUUUUGGGCAACGGAGGCGCUAACGGUCACGCAGGAUAUCCAAGUCAUGGACCAAGCGGAGGAAGUGGUCCUUAUUAA